AUGUUGUGGACGUACGUCACCGCCGACAUUGUUACCGUCAUUGCCCAGUUGGCUGGAACAGCCCUGACGAUUACAUUUGGAAAGCUUGUAGAAAUCGGCGUCAAGACAACGACGGCGGGGUUGUGGGUACAACUGGGAUUCUUUUUGAGUUUCAUCGCCCUACUCGUCAUCUUUGGCUUCCACGAGUCCCGCAAUGGAGGCUACUCAGUUGCACAGGGCUUCCGCUCCAUUUAUCGAGUCGCCGAGUUUACUGCCGGGGCCUCCAGUGCUCUCGGACAGAGUGAGGUCGCCUUCUAUCUUCUCGACUGCAUUCCCAACCUUCUCGCCGCGGGCGUGUUCCUGCUCAUCUGGCCCCCCGCUUGCCUUGACCAAGACAACGGGCAAAUGGAGCUAGGAGCAGUGAAGGCUUAG